GCGACAACUAUAGGUAAAGUCUUCAACUUCCGGCCUUUCAUCAAUUUCAAGUGCGGAUUUACGAGAAAUUUAUCAUUAUUUUUACAAGGUUUUUAUCGUAAAAUCGAGGACAAUAUCGAUCCUCGAUACAUAAUUAAUUAUAAAAAAUAAGAAUACACUUACUUGAAAAACAUUUUACCAGUGAUAUUUAAAAGCGAAGUGUUUAAAGGAUUGGUUGUCACGUGUUGAAUUUGUGAGAACAAUGGCAGGUCCGGUGAAAAAACGUGAAAUUCAACAAAAUUUUGGCAAAACUAGCGAUGAUGAGAGUGGUAAUUCAUCUGGAAAUGAAGAAAAUGAAAAUAUAAUCUCAAAGGAGCAGGGAAUGGAAAUCACUGUCGAUUUUGAAGGACGAAGUCCAACAGAUCCUGAUUUCCAUGGGAUCAAAACUCUUUUGCAACAGCUUUUCCUAAAAGCACAUGUAGAUUUAAGUAAUCUCGCAAAUUUAAUAAUUGAACAAAAUUACAUUGGAUCAGUAGUGAAACAAUCACAAGAUGACGCAGCGUCUGAUGAUGAAGACGAUGACGAUGACAUCAACGAUGUUUUUGGAAUUACAACUGUAAUAAAUAUUUCCAAUAGACAGAACGUACAAUGUAUUCAACAAUUGCGCGAUUUAUUGAAACAAAUGUCAAAUGAUCAUGCAACUGACGCAACUAAUACAAUGAUUAAAAAUGUCCUUGAAAAUGAUUCCGCUCCACUUGGUUUAUUAAUUAAUGAACGUUUUGUUAAUCUUCCUGCACAAAUUUCCGUUCCACUAUUGGAAAAUUUAAUUUCUGAAAUGAAACGUGCCACAAACAAACGAAUGCCAUUUGAAUUUUCACAUUUUAUAUUGAUUUGUAAAUUAUACAAACCAACCGAGGAAGAUGUGACAAAGAAGAAAAAUAAAAAUAAACGAAGAAACGCUAACGAAGAACCAGAAGUAUUUUGGAGUAAUCCUGAGGAGGAACUUUUCAAUGAGGAAGCAACUUGUAGUUUUGAGUUUUCUGUCGAAUUGGAAUCAGACAGUGGUCUUUCCGGUGCAUGGACUGAAUCUGAUAAAGAAAUGACUCCAUACAGACGAGUUCUUUUGUUCGAUGCCUCGAAACUUCAGACAAUUGUCGAUAAGAUAAAGCAAGAAAUUCAAUAAACAAUCUUUUGCAAAAAAAAACUGGAUAAAAGAAACUUGUACUCUUUCAAAAAAAAAAAAAAGAAGAAACUAAUCCUAUUUAAACAUUUAUAUGAAUCUUUCUUUGUAAGAAAUCCAAAGAAUUUCUACGUUUUGAUACGGAUACUCGUAAGUUUUAUAUUUUAAUUAAAGCAAGAAAGAUUUAUCUAUUAUUAAUAUGCUUGAAACUCUGAACGUUCAAAUAAACGAUUUUUUUUAGAACUACUACUAUGAAAAAUAUGAAAUAGUAUCCCUUUUUUGUAAGGGAAUAUUUUUUAAAUAUUUAAAUUAAAAGGAGUAGUAAGCAUAUAUUUUUUUUAUUUGAACGUUCAGAAUAUUGCAGAACACCAAUAUUUUAUAUAUAUAUGGAAAAAUAAAUUAUUUUCACAACGCGUUUA